GCUCCAGCUCUCCACAGGAGUCAAGAGGCUCCACAAAGCGGUUCGGGACGACUCCGGGACGCCUCGCCAUGACAGAACGCCAAGUCCCCUUCACUUUCCUGCGCAGCCCCAGCUGGGAUCCCUUCCGGGACUGGUACCGGGGCAGCCGCCUGUUUGACCAGUCCUUUGGGAUGCCCCUCAUCCCUGAGGACUGGUACAAGUGGCCUGCGGGGACCACCAGCUGGCCGGGCUACAUCCGCCCUCUGGCCAGCACUAGCCCAGAGCCAGUGGCCGCCAGCCCAGCCGCCGCUGCCGCCGCUGCCAGCCCAGCUGCCAACCCAGCAUACAGCAGGGCGUUGAGCCGCCAGCUCAGCAGCGGCAUCUCUGAGAUCCGGCAGACUUCCGAGAGCUGGAAAGUGGCCUUGGACGUCAACCAUUUUGCACCCGAGGAGCUGGUGGUGAAAACGAAAGACGGCGUUGUGGAGAUCACAGGCAAGCAUGAAGAAAGGCAGGACGAUCAUGGGUUCAUCUCCAGAUGUUUCACAAGAAAAUACACGCUGCCCCCUGGUAUCGACCCUGCUGCAGUCCGCUCCUCCCUUUCCCCCGAUGGCAUGUUGACGAUAGAGGCUCCUUUGCCCAAGCCGGCCAUUCAGUCUGCCGAAAUCCAGAUUCCUGUCACCUUCGAGGCGCAUGCCCAAAUCACCCCGUCAGGAGCCAAGAAACCGGAAGAGGCUCCCAAGGUGUAAAUGCCGGGUGGGAGUUUACCACUCGAGUGUCGAAAACGGGCAAACCCUCCCAUAUCCCUUUUUUUUUUUUUUUUGUAAAGACAGAGACCUCUGCAACAGCGCCACAAAUAAAGUUGUGUUUUUUUUAAAACCCCA